UCACCAGGUCCUGGCCGGAGAUUCCCUGCAGGCAGCUGGAGAUUGCUGAGGAACAGUGAAAGGGGAGAGGUCAGUGUCACUGGUAUAGCAGAGCAAUACAAAGCAGCAUGUUUCUCUAGUAAAACACACACAGCACACACAGUAAAACAGCACACAGUUAACCCUUUGAUCGCCCCAGAUGUUAACCCCUUCCUGCCAUUAGUACAGUGUCAGUGCUUUUUAUUAGCACUGAUCACUGUAUUAGUGUCAUUGGCAGUUAGUCAGUUCCCCUCCCAGUGCCAGUAUACCCACUGCAGC